AAGCCAUAGGAGCUGGGGGUGGGGGGUAUGCAAUGGAGGAGUGGACUAACCCCCAGACCGAAGAAUCCCCAGAGUAUAUAUAUAUGAGAGACCAUGAGCACCAGCACCAAUGCAGAGCCCAACGCCACUACAUCCCCAAUCCGACAGGUGAAGGACAGAUAGAGGCUAGAGUGAUUGGCAUCAUGCGGGCGCUGAGUCUGCCCGUCGUGACCCUGCUGCUGCUGUGCGCCCUCUGCACACUCACGGAGGUGCGCGGCGAGAUGAAGGUGGUAAAGCUGUGCGGCCGUGAGUUCAUCCGGGCCGUCGUCUACACCUGCGGGGGGUCCAGGUGGAGGAGGCUUCUAAACCAACGAGAUCUGGAGGGCAUGUCUGGAGGAGAGCCGAGCAGCGCGGAGGACCAGAUUGAGACCCUGGUGUCAGACCUGAGCAGACGAGACCUGAACAACAGGCUCACCCAAAUGUGCUGCCAGAUGGGCUGUCGCAAGAGCGACCUCACCUACCUCUGCUGAGGAACGGCCAACCAGCACAGCAACGUGGCGUCUCCACCUACAACACACCCAACCACAGAUAGAUCUCUAUCAUUCACUCUAAUGCAGCUCCAUCAUUUCAACACGUCAACAGCUUUCUCAAAAAAAAAAACAUGCUUUGAUUUAGUGAUAAAUAGGUACGGGGCAAUUACAACAGGUGUGCUAAUACCAGACUUAAAUAAUGAUUGGUAUGCUCUGUGGAAUUGAUUGUUGUACAUCUACAGUCUCAACAAACUGAGAGAGGAAUUAGCGUUUCAGCGUUGGCCUGUUUGAGUGACACCAUGCUCGACUAGCUCCACUCACACCUAACAGAGAAAUAGCUUUGAUUCAGGAGGUAGCCGACAUAGCCACAUGCCUAUGUGAAUCUAUUCCAGACCCCCACGUCUAUGUGAAUCAAAGGGUUAACGUGAAGAAUGGGAUCCCGUUCUGGUGUUCUUAUUGCACUGUAUAGUUUGCAAGCUUUGUGUAAUAAAGUUAAUGGCAAAAUA